AUGUAUUUUCAUUUUACAGUAUCAACUAAAUUGAUCUAUUUAUUAUUUUCGGGUUCGGUGUUUGUUUUAAUGGCUGAAAUUGACACCCCUAAAUUAACAGGAGUGGUCACAUCAGGGGAAUUAGCAGAAGACACCAUAGCAGUUGAACUUGCAGAUUGGCAUAGGAUUGGCUAUCCUUCAGUAGCUACCAUUCAUCACUUCCUCUUCUCAUGUGCACCUACACAACUUCUAAGAGGCCUUGCCUCUGGUGUCAAAGGUAUAUUAGGCCUUGCAAAGACCAGAAUUGCAUUGCCUUCACAACUUGCUAACACAUUUGACUUCCAAAAGAAAUUUGCAAUCUGCCUAUCCUCAUCAGAUGGUGCCAUUUUUGCCGGUGGUGGUCCUUAUGUCUCGCUUUCCGGCACCGACAUUUCGAGGACACUAGUUUACACACCCUUUGUUUCAAACCAAGAUCAUAGGUUGGAAGAGUAUUUCAUCAAUGUGAAGUCCAUUAGAAUUAAGGGCAAGCGAUUAUCGUUUAAUUCAUCCUUGUUAUCGGUGGACCAACAAGGCCGUGGAGGGACAAAAAUAAGUACAACUGUUCCUUACACUACAUUUGAGAGCACAAUCUAUGAGACAUUUACUAGAGCUUAUAUCAUGGCUGCUAGUUCUAUGAACAUGACUAGGGUGGCACCAGUAGCACCAUUUGGGGUCUGUUUUAACUCGAAAACAAUCGAUAACACGCUGGUCGGGGCGGCUGUGCCAGUGAUUGAUCUUGUGUUGCAAAGUGAGAUGGUCAGGUGGAAGAUAUAUGGGAGGAACUCAAUGGUGAUGGUGAGUGAUGAGGUGAUGUGCUUGGGGUUCUUGGAUGGUGGGUUGAGUCCAAAAACUUCAAUUGUCAUAGGGGGAUACCAAUUAGAGGACAAUCUUUUGGAGUUUGACUUGAGAACUUCUAUGCUUGGUUUUAGUUCAUCAUUGUUGAUGAGGCAAACAAGUUGCUCUGACUUCAAAUUGACUUCCUCUAGGUUCAGUGAGUCAAUUUGA